GCCGUUGGGUCCGGUAGAUAAAUAUCGAGUUCGUAAGAAGUAUCCAAUGCCGAGGACAAUUUGGGAUGGUGAACAGAAAACACACUGCUUUAAAGAAAGAACGAGGUCGUUGUUGCGAGAGUGGUACUUGCAAGAUCCGUAUCCGAACCCAAGUAAAAAGAAAGAGUUGGCCUCAAAAACGGGUCUAACGGCUAUGCAAGUUGGGAAUUGGUUCAAGAAUCGGCGACAACGUGAUCGCGCAGCUGCUGCCAAAAAUNCUGCUGCCAAAAACAAGUUCGUUUUUAUUUGA